AUGGAGAGUGGGGGCGAGAUCGUGCCUGUCCACAACAGCGUUGACACUUUGGACGCAGCGGCUGCCGCCAUUGAAACUGUGAACGCAGCAGCUGCCGCCAUUCUCACAGCAGGGAGCCGCAGACAACAUGACGUACUGCCGCGAAGGAAAUGGGCUGAUCGGUUGGGCAUGUACUUCUGCUUUGGGUCUCAGAAGAAUGGGCGACGCAUCAACCAUGCUGCACUUGUCCCGGAACCCACACCUCCAAGGACAGAUGCACCUGCAGGAGAAAUUCCAAACCACCCACCGCCUCCUGUAUUCCCGUUUGUGGCACCUCCAUCCUCUCCAGCUUCUUUACUCCAAUCAGAACCCUCAUCUAUUGCACAAUCGCCAAGCAAUGACGCUCAGCCAUUUUCACUGAAUUCACCAUCCCCGACUAGUCCACCAUCCAUAUUUGCUAUUGGGCCGUAUGCAAAUGAGACAGAGGUAGUCUCACCUCCAGUGUUCUCGGCCUUCACAACUGAAUCAUCAACUGCUGCUUUCACUCCACCGGAAUCUGUCCAUCAUUUGACAACCCCUUCCUCUCCGGAGGUCCCAUAUGCAAAGCUUCUGACUUCGGUCGACAACAGCCAGAAUGGUGAAACAGUUGAUCUUCAGUCGUAUCCGAAUUGGCCAGACAGUCCAAUAGUGCACCUGAUAUCUCCAUGCUCAGGUUAUUCUGGCACUUCCUCCCCAUUCCCUGACCCUGAGACGCCAAAGAUAUUUGAUGGUGAGGGCACUGGAACACAAAAGUUGAUACCUCGCAACAUGCGCAAUGGUUAUUUCCUUUUGGAUGGCCACAUUACAGCAGCUGUACCAGUUGCAGACUUCUCUGCCCGCCUUCACCACAAUGAUCAUGAUAUGGAUCACCUGGUAUCAUUUGACUUGACUGUAGCAGAUGUGGCGCGCCGCCUAGAGAAGAAAACUGCUAUUCUUGGGGAUUCUGCCACAACAUCUUUUCGUUUUGCCCCCAGCAGUGGCGAUCACAAGAGAGAUCUAUACCAUGACUUACCUGAGAAAGUAAGGCAGUCCCUGUCCCUUCGACUGCCCAGGGAGUUCAACAUCAAUGUCAUUGAUGCUCCUAAUGUGGAGCCAACCCUAGGGAAUGACAAGGUUGCUGCUGGGAUCACUGUGGAGCUGGAAAAAGCCCGGUCCUAUCCAGUGGUACAGCAGGGGGCCAGCUAA